CAGUACUAGCUACCAGUCUGUGAGUUGUACUGUAGCUAGAACAGUCUGUAACUAGCUAGCUAGCGUCAUUCAAUUUCACAAUUUGGACCUUUUCUGCAUAAACAUUUGAGUCUAUUUCAACCGGUCUCUGAAUAUGUAACAAAGUCCAUCUUUAUACAACCACAACUUUAUGACUGUUUAUGACAACGCUGCCAACUGCUAGCCUACUUGUUACAGUAGAGGCUGAAAUCACUUUUCAGCAAUCACAGCUUUGAGAUUAAUCAGGAUGAAAGGAUGGGCUUUUAUGACAAUAGCCACUCCUCAUUGUGUCUGGUACUCUGUCCUUCAUUAACCCACACAGGCAAUGCUAUCCAUGUCUUUAUCUAGACCUGUAUUAGUUUUAACCUGCCCACCUGUGUUUUAUACCUGUUUUCUCUCUCAUUGCAGUAUUGUUGGAGUGGUAAGCCCUUAACUCAGAAUGCACCCUGAUCUGUCGCCUCACCUGCACACGGACGAGUGCAACAUACUGAUAAACCUGCUGAAGCAGUGCCACACGGAGCACAAUGUCAAGAAGUUCUUUGGUCAUUGCAAUGAUAUGGACCGUGCCAUGAGAGCUUGUUUGAAGGAUGAGCGAAUUGCAAAGAGGGAGAAAAGCAAACAGCAUGCUAAAGAGAUGAGACAGAGGCUGAAAGACGGCCCUAAGGAAGAGUUCUGAAUGGCAGUACUGGCUGAGCCGAUGCUCUAGGAAGGGGCACAGGAACUGGGUAUUGGAACUGGGGCCUACCAUGAGAAGCCUACCUUACUGCCUGGACAUCUGGCCACAAGAGGUCUCUCAUAAUGUCGGUUUCAGUAUGUGUGUUGAAUAGUGUUGGGUGGAUUGUCAUAGAAAGUGGUGGAUGAUCAUUUCGCUACUCAGUGAUCAUAGCUCAUAUGGGAGGUCUGUUUCGAGGACUGCUACCCAACCCCCAUGCAAUCAUGGUUGAUUGCAUAUUUAAAGUACUUAACAAAAUAAUUAUUUAAAAUUGUCUGUGUUUCUGACUGGGGAAUGACAAUGAUGAAUGAACACUGGAUUCCUAUUGAAUAAAGUGUAUCAAAACACA